AUGCAAGUCAUACAACAAAAAUAUUCAUCGACGCAUUGUCAAAUUAGUUCGAAUUCUCCGAAUGAAAGGCAACAAAUCACAACAACAAUGUCAAACCGAAUACAUCAACCAUUAAUAUUUUCUAUUGAUGAUCGUUUAUUAGAACAACAUUUAACACGACUUGAUUUAUGUUCAAAACAGUUACAAAAAAUUGAUAAAUUACCAAAUAAUAUUAGUUUUAAUAUUAUUCUACUUGAUAACAAUGAAAUAAGUAAACUUGAUAAUCUGGAUAUAUUUCCACAAUUAAUUCAAUUAUCAAUAUCUCAUAAUCGUCUUGUCGAUAUUCGUUUACUUAAUCGAUUACGAUCUUUACAAAAACUUAAUUUAUCAUAUAAUUUAAUUGAGUCAAUUGAUUGUCUUAGAACUUUACAAAAUCUUGUUAUGUUGAAUAUUUCAAAUAAUAAUAUUCAUAGUAUUGCGAUAUUAAAUGCUUGUCAUGCUUUACAAUCAUUAGAUGCAAGUGAAAAUGCAAUACAACAGAUUGAAGAUCUUUCACAGUUAACAGCACUUAAAUAUUUAAAUUUGCAUAAAAAUUUUAUUGAUGCAUUAAUUUCAAUUCCACGUUAUUGGCCAAAGUCUCUUCAUACACUUGUUAUAUCAGACAAUGAAAUUCAAGAUUUAACUGAAAUUUCUUAUCUAUCGUCAUUUUUCAAUUUAAAUACAUUUUAUAUUGUUGAUAAUCCAUGUUUAUCUGUGGUAGAUGAAAGACACGGUUGUCAUCAACCAUUUGACUAUCGACCAUAUGUUCUUAAUUGGUGCUUAUCUAUUCAUAAUUUAGAUGGUGUAUUUAUAACACGAAAAGAAAGUUUAAAAGCUGAAUGGUUGUUGAGUCAAGGUAAAGGUCGAUCAUUUGGACCUGGUGAACAUGCAGAACUUGUUCAAUAUUUAACAAGAGUUUGUGGAACAAAUGCUGAUGAAAGAGAUGAUCUACAUUUAUCACGAAUUAUGCUUGAACAAGAUUUAUAUAAUCAUCAACGAAAAAGUAGCGAUGAACAAAUAAAUUCAAAUGAACAAAUGAUGACAACAUCAGAUACAAUGAAAGAUGCCAAUGAAACAUUAUCUAAAAAUACUCAAGGAAAAUCUCAACAAAGUACACUUAUAUCAGAAUUGGAAUUUCUUAAAGUAAAUGCUUCAUCUACAGUUUCUACAGUGAAUGAACCUAUGAUAUCUGUUCAUCGUAAGAUUAUUAAAAAAUAA